AUGGCGGCCAACAUGUAUCGAGUGGGAGAUUACGUGUACUUUGAGAAUUCUUCCAGCAACCCGUACCUGAUCCGGAGGAUAGAAGAGCUCAACAAGACGGCUAACGGCAACGUGGAGGCCAAGGUUGUGUGUCUCUUCAGAAGACGGGACAUCUCAGGCAACCUCAACACGCUUGCCGACAGCAACGCAAGGGAAUUCGAGGAGGAGUCCAAGCAGCCGGCGCUGGCCGACCCGCAGAAGCACCAACUCAAACACAGAGAACUUUUCCUCUCGCGACAGUUUGAAUCGCUCCCGGCCACUCACAUCAGGGGGAAAUGUAAUGUCACCCUCCUCAACGAAACGGAUGUCUUGGCGGGAUAUUUGGAGAAAGAGGACUGCUUCUUCUAUUCGCUGGUGUUCGACCCAGUCCAAAAGACCCUGUUGGCCGACCAGGGAGAGAUCCGGGUGGGCUCCAAGUACCAGGCGGAUGUGCCCGAAAAGUUAGUGGAGGGCGAAUUGGACAAUCGGAUCCAGGAGAAGCUGGAGACCAAAGUGUGGGAUUCCGAUAACCAACUCAAAGACACCCAGAUUGACCAGUUUCUGGUGGUGGCGAGAGCCGUGGGGACGUUUGCCAGAGCCCUGGACUGCAGCAGCUCCAUCCGCCAGCCCAGCCUGCACAUGAGCGCCGCGGCUGCCUCUCGAGACAUCACGCUGUUCCACGCUAUGGACACGCUGCAAAAGAACAACUACGACCUGGCUGAAGCCAUGUCCGCGCUGGUGCCCCAGGGGGGUCCCGUGCUCUGUCGCGACGAGAUGGAAGAAUGGAGCGCCUCCGAGGCCAUGUUGUUUGAGGAAGCGCUGGAGAAAUACGGCAAAGACUUCAACGACAUCCGUCAGGACUUUCUCCCUUGGAAGUCUUUAGCCAGCGUGGUCCAGUUCUACUACAUGUGGAAGACUACAGACCGCUACAUUCAGCAGAAACGACUAAAGGCAGCAGAAGCGGACAGUAAGCUGAAGCAGGUCUACAUCCCCACCUACACCAAACCUAACCCCAACCAGAUCAUGGUGCCGGGAAACAAACCCGGCAUGAACGGGGCAGCGGGGUUUCAGAAAGGACUCAACUGCGAGAGCUGUCACACGGCCCAGUCACCUCAGUGGUACGCCUGGGGGCCCCCCAACAUGCAGUGCCGACUGUGCGCCACCUGCUGGAUCUACUGGAAAAAGUACGGCGGCCUGAAAACCCCCACGCAGCUUGAGGGCGGCGCAAGAAGCGGCUCGGAACCGGGUCCCCGCGCUCACAUGACGCGCCAGGAGGUGCAGGGCCUGUCGCCGUUCACCCGCAACGAGGGCCGCGCCAAGCUGCUGGCCAAGAACCGCCAAACCUUCAUCUUGCAGACCACAAAGCUGACCCGCGUGGCCCGGCGGGUCUGCCAGGACAUCCUGCAGCCUCGACGGGCGGCGCGGCGGCCGUACGCCUCCAUCAACGCCAACGCCGUCAAAGCCGAGUGUAUGAUUCGGUUGCCCAAGGCCACAAAAACUCCUCUCAAGACCAAGUUGAUUCCCAGACCGUCGCUGGCUAACAUCGUCAAGGAUUUAGCUAUCUCGGCUCCCCUCAAACUGAAGGCGUCCAGGGGACCCCCGACGCCCAUCAACAGGAACCAGGCCAGCCAGCCUAGGGUGGGCCCGGGUCUGCUGGGAAAAAGAGGCUUCGACAGCGUGAGUGCCACGGGAACGCCCUACUCAGCCAACGGGAGGUCGUACACGUCGGGGAUGAGAACCACCUCCCAGUCCGUCAUUAAGAGGCAGAAGGUCAGCCAAGGAGAAGCCCCCAACCCCGUGGUCUUCGUGGCCACCAAGGACACCAGGGCUCUGAGGAAACACCUGACCCAAUCGGAGAUGCGGCGGGCGGCUCGGAAACCUCACCUCCCCGUCCGGAUCAAGCUGCCGCCGCCCCCUCGUCCCCCGCCCGUCCCCCUGCUCCCCUCCAGCACCAGCGAGCCCAUCGUCCUGGAAGACUAA